AUGCGACGGUAGCGGAGCGGAGCGGGAGCCGGAGCCUUAGCCAUGGCUUCAGUGACUGAUACUAAAGCUGGAGUCAAAGAUGCUUCUGACCAGAAUUUUGACUACAUGUUCAAACUGCUUAUCAUCGGCAACAGCAGCGUUGGUAAAACCUCUUUCCUCUUCCGCUAUGCCGAUGACACCUUUACCCCAGCCUUCGUCAGCACAGUGGGCAUUGACUUCAAGGUGAAGACAGUCUACCGCCAUGAAAAGCGAGUGAAGCUGCAGAUCUGGGACACCGCUGGACAAGAGCGAUACCGGACCAUCACCACAGCCUAUUACCGUGGGGCCAUGGGCUUCAUUCUGAUGUAUGACAUUACCAAUGAGGAAUCCUUCAAUGCUGUCCAAGAUUGGGCUACUCAGAUCAAGACCUACUCCUGGGACAAUGCACAGGUUAUCCUGGUUGGGAACAAGUGUGACAUGGAGGAAGAGAGGGUUGUUCCCACUGAGAAGGGCCGGCUCCUUGCCGAGCAGCUUGGGUUUGACUUCUUUGAAGCCAGCGCCAAGGAGAACAUCAGUGUGAGGCAGGCCUUCGAGCGCCUGGUAGAUGCCAUUUGUGACAAGAUGUCUGAUUCGCUGGACACAGACCCCUCCGUGUUGGGCACCUCUAAGAACACCCGUCUCUCAGACACCCCACCGCUGCUGCAGCAAAACUGCUCAUGUUAGGCAAGGCCCACCCUCCUGAUCUCCCCUUCUUGUGACCCCACACCCACUCUGCUUCCCCUAUUACAGUCGGUCCACCCCCAGCCCCAUGCAGGCUGAGUUGCUGCUGUCCUUUGCCUGCAGCAGAGGCAGAAAUGUGCCCCUUGAGUUCUCUGUAGAUAGUCCCACUAAGAGACCACCAGUCCUAGACUAAGAGCCAGGUCACAGCAUGGGUAGAGAUUCAUUUUACAAAAGAAGACUCUAUCUUACAAAGGGGAUUCACUUCAGGGACUUGGAAAGCGAGUCUCUUUUCUGUCUUUAAAAUAAGAUUUCUUCCAUUUACCAGAGUUUGACACAGCAUACUUUGCAGGGCCCACCUGCACAGCUAAUCCUAUUAAAGUAAAUGUCCUCAUACACAACAUGCUUGUUUCCUAUCAGGCUCCCUGUGGGGCUUCGUCUCACUGCAAGCCAAGCUUUGACUCUCAAAGCCCUAUGCCUGUUACCACGGAUGCCCACAGGGCCUCGGGCAGUUGCUGUGGUGACAGGCCAGAGCUAAUCUCCAGAGAGCUCAGACUCUCUAAUGAUGCUGAAGGAGCAAAGGCUGAGUCAGAAAUAUACUUAAAAGAAAAGAUUAUUCCCUGCAAAAUGUCAAAGGUUCCAACUAUAUAAAAGAGCAGGAGGGUGAGCUCAAGAAAGAUAGAAAGAAAAGAGAAACACAGGCAAGAUGAAGGAACAGGUCAUGACUUUCUGAUUUUGCUGCUUUCCAGCUAGUCUUAACUGUGGGAACUCCAUGAAAUCGGUCUUUGUUUUUUAGACUCCCAGAAUUUGAAAUAUUUAGAGUUACCUAGUCUGACUAGUCAGUUUCAGUCUUCACAUCUCUGGAAAGUGAAUGCCAGGCCUCACAACCAAAUCUCUUUCUUCUUCUUCUUUUUAUUUUUAUUUUCUUUCUUUCUUUCUUUUUUUUAAGAAUGUUAUUUAUUUAUUUAGAAAGAAAGAAAGAGCGAGCAGGAGGAACAGAUGGAGAGAGAGACCCUCCAGCAGACUCCCUGCUGAGCCCGGGGCCCAACUUGAGAUUCUAUCCCACAACCCUGAGAUCAUGACCUGAGUCAGAAUCAAGAGACAGUUGCUUAACUGACUGAGCGACCCCAGGCACCCCACCAAAUCUCUUUCUUCUAAAACACACCUUCUAGGCAGGGCUGGGAGCUCAUUGUCUAUACCACCCUUGGGCAGCUCUCAUAAUCAGAAAGUUUUCUUUGCUUUAAGCUGAAAUCUGUCCCCUGGAAAUUCUUCUUUCUCUCCUCACCCCAUUUAUCCCUGCUCUGCUGUCAGAGACUUCACAGUCCGUGCUUCUUCAACUCCUGUCACCCUCAGAUGAUUUGAGAAAGAAACCACGACCUCUGCCUUCUCUGAGUCAAGUAGUUCUGCUGUUAUUUAUAAUGUCUUCCUACCAUUUUACCCUUUCUUCCCAACCCAUCUUUCAGUCGCUCCUGAGUAGUUUGAGUGGGAAAUGUGAUUCUAAGCAGGAUAAAUCUGAGGGGACAUGACCCUAACAAAGUUGGGAAAGCUGAACUCAGGUCCCAAUCCCACACUCAUUCUCUUGGGAGUGAAAUCUUCAUUUCUCCUGAAGAGUGGAUAUGAAACCACUCCGAGUGGAAACUGCUUAACUAAAUACCUGAAGGGAAAAACUAAACCAAAAUCAAAACCACAAAACCCUCUGAUACCAGAAACAAACCGAAUGGACUCCAAUUUGUCUAGACAUGGCAGAAGUUUGGUUUUUAGCUGAAAUAAUGAAAUGGAACUAGCAGUGAUUCCUGAAAAUCUCUCCUUCCAGGCCUGACCCAAAUCCCUAUCUUCCCCCUGCACUAACACGCUACCUCAGAAGUUGGUGAGGGAAGAAGGUGUUGGAAGCGUCUCUUCCAAGUUUUCUCUCCAUUUCAAAUGCCUCUCAUUAUCCUAGGAAAGUGCAUUGACUCACAUAGUUCCAGUGACUACCUAAAAGGACCCUCCAGAGUCAGCCCUACGGAGAUGUUGCUUUCUGAUGCAAUGAACAGGAUAGAGCUUUGGACGUUGGAAUCAGGAAUCCUGGACUCUGGAUCAGUCACUCCAUCUCUGAGUAUUGAUUUCCCACCUACAAAAUGAGGGUGCUAUUUGGGUAAUCUUUAAGGUCCCUUCUAGUGCUCAUAACUCUCUGAUUUUCUUUUUCACCUUCAUCAUUUCAGUUGAUCUGCAGAAAAAAACCAAGAGAUGAGGAUUAUCCCCCCAGUGUCAUUGUAGCUAACACUGAUGUCAUGCUUACUAGACAUUGUUCCAAGCACUUUACAUGUAUUAACUUACUUAUCAUCUCAACAUCUUUGUGAAGGAGGCACUAUAAUCAACCUCAUUUAAAUAUGAGGAAACUAAGGUAUAAAAAGAUUCUCUAGCUUGCCUAAGGUCAUAUAAUGAGUAAGCAGUAGAACAGGGGUUCCAAUCCAGGCAGUAGGCUCCAAGGUUGAUGCUCUUACCACAUUCUGUACUACACUUUUCAUGAAUAAACUGUGACCCAAAAAGGUUAAGAACAUGGUCAAGAUGGUACAGCUGGCAAGUGUGAGAGCCGUGUUAAGAUUCAAUCCCAAGGACAUCAGAUUCUAAGUCCACUCGAGAAAAGACUUACGUCUCUUUCUUAACAAAUCUCUCAACUAUUCAGACUAAUCCGAGGAAAUGGAUGUCUAAUGCUUCUGGAAAGUAGUUUCUGAGGCAACCAGGUCCUAAGAGACGGAGCAAAAAUUGUCCAGCGUUUCUCAAGUUCAAGUCCCUGUAUCAGCCGUUGUCAGGAGGUUCUUACCUAGCCCUCAAGUAGUGCUUUAAGCAGCUGCCUGCUCCAGCAAGGGGACAUUUUGCAGGAAUGACUUGGUUGACUUCUUUGACCACGGAAGGAUGUGAUCCCUUUACAGGCAGUGGUUCUAGAUGUGCUUUUUACACCGUCAAGUCUAUACAGGUCAGGCAUAAUUACAAUUUUCCUGGGCAGUAAAACCCAUCUGCUCUAGUCCUUGGAUUUCAGACUGAGCUCCUAGUGACCCUUGGAUAUUUUAUUUUUAUUCUUUUUUUUUUAUUCUUUUGUUUCAUAUUGGAUAUCCAGGCAAAGACUGAAAUUUUUAAAAAUUGUUAAAUUCUUUACAACUCAGGAGCCAGUGUAAGCAAUUUUCUUCACAACAGAUAGAAUCGAGAGUCAAAUGUAAUUGUGGCAAACUCUUCUGCUGGGCAGCAAACAAGCAGAGCUGCUUGCUAGAUGGCAGUUCCCCAGCCCUGCUCUGUGACCUUGUUUCUGCCGCGGGGAAGGCAGGAGCUUCUAGCUGAUUACGGUGCAAUGUUUGUCAAUCACAGUAAUAGUGCCAUUAGCCACCAAGGUUCAAGCUGCAGAGUAUGUUAGUAGUAACUUGUCCUGGUUUUCCUUUUGCUUAACAAUCCAAAUAAAGAAUUAAAAAUAAAAACAAAAACUCUUGACCUCAAAAGAGGCAAAAGUAGGCCAGAUGUGCAAUACGGUGUUGUAGCUUUUUACAGAACCUGUUUUAAAUGCAUAUGUAUCAGUAAAUACAAAGUGAUUCAUGACUUACUCUUGUCUCCUCAGUCUGUAGCAUUAAUUAACUUCUAGGAGCAUCAACGGGGUAGAAUGGUCAAGACUUGUCAAAUAUUAGAUCAGGAAGGGAGCUUAGAGAAAAUCCUGUCCAGGCUUCUCAUUUUACAAAGAGGAAGGUUGAGGUCCAGAGAGGAAAAGGAAAUUUCCUAGGGCCACUCUGAAAGUGUAUUAGUGAUGGAGUUAGGACUUCGUCUUGGAUCUCCUCUAUGUAGAAAUUUAUCAUGUUUACAGAAAUGUAUCUACUGUGGGCCUGGUGCUAUUAAACACUGGAUAAAUAUAUUUGAAAACAAGUGAUUCCCUGCCUGCAGGGUACCUAUAGUCUAAUGGAGGUGCUAUUUCUAAAAUAUUAUCCCAAUUUGGCAGUCAAGGAAACAUAGCCUUGGAAAAGCCAACAUAUUCAAGUCACUCAGUAAUAUCAUUUAAAUUCACUUCUGACUCAUGCUCAUUCCAUUUCUUUAUUCGGAUUUCUCUCAGAUGAAGGGUAUAUGGAGUGGUGGUAGUGACAGGCUCCAGUGUCCCAGCUGAUAUUGGUUAAUUAAUUCUGAGAGUCCUUGGUCUCACAAUUACUUUGUGACUGCAGCCUGAUAAUGUCCAGAGAAUGAUAAGAAUAUCUGCCAGACUUGACUUUCCUGUUCACAUUACCUGCUCCUGCUCCAAAGCUCUUUGCUUGGGUGUCAAGGUUCCUAGAGUGUCUUGAGGAAUGUUUGUUUGGUUUGUUUGCUGAGAGUUUUGGGUAAGGAGAAGGAACUACAGUAACCAGUGUCCUGGGAUUUCAUUGAUUUCAGAUUCUGCAUCUCUACUAAGUUAUUCCUGAUGACCUGCCACAGUUGGAGGAUCAGCCCAUGCCUGGGAUUGCAUGCAAGAGAAGACAGGCCUGUGAGAUACAAAUACUGUUAAGUGAUGUUUUUGAAGGCCUUCAUCCCUUAUAUAAAGUAGGCAAAACUAAAAUUUAUGCAUUCAGAUUUAUUCAAUAAAUAAAUGUAUGUGUCAGGAUAUAAUCAGUGGCAGACUAAAUACAAACCUUGUCUUCAUGAAGCUUAAAGUCUAGUAGCUUGUGGUUUAGUCUAGACAUUGUAAAAUACCCAAAUAUAAUUAAAAAGUGCUCUGAAGAAAAGGUACAUCAUUCUAUGAGAAUACAACUGGGAAAACGGAAUCAUUUGUCGAGUUGUUUCAGGAGGCCUAGAAAAUCUCCACUGCCUCCCAAGUACCUCUGCUAUCCACUGACCAUUGCUUUAUAUUCUUCAAGCUUUCAUCCUUUAGUUCAAACCUUUGAUGACUAGUCAAAUACAAAUCCUCCAGAAAGAGUAAGGGUGAGAGAAACAGUAUUUGUACCUGUGAAAUAUGUUUAGACUGCCUGAUUCAGAGUUAACUGUUGUCUUCUGAGGGACAUAAGGAAACAUAGUGAUUUGAAACAACAGACAUUUGUUAUUUCUCAUGAUUCUGGGGGUUGGUUGGCUGAUUCUUCUUCUAGUCUAGAAUGAUGUCAUUCACAUGCCUGGAGUCCCAACUGAAAUGACUAGGGUGGUUGAGGUGACUCUCCAUGUGUUUUCAUCUUCCAGAAGACUGCCCAGACUUGCUCACUUGGUGGUAGAAAUUUUUCUAGCAGCAAGAGAGGGCAAGCUCCUGUGUAGAAGUACUUCUUCUUGAGCCUCUGUUUGUGUUGUGUUUGGUAAUGUCCCACUGACUAAUGCAAGUCACAUACAAGGGGUGGGGAAAUAGGUGCCAUCUCUUGAUGCAAGGAGCUAUAAAAUAUUGUGGCCAUUUUUUCAGCCCACUGAAGGAAGCAACACUAAGCCGUCUGGAACCAAGUCUGAGAAAUUUCCCUGGGUCUUAAAACCUGGUAUCCCCAAAGAGAAACGUCACAAUAGUUUGCAGCAGGGCAAUAUCACCAUUUGUUUAGUUCUCCAAAGGGUCUGCUUUGGAGGAAUGAAGACACAUCUGUAUGGUGUUUUGAUGCAUAUUUCACCAUUCAUUUGGUUACUUCUUAGCUACUCCCUGAGGGAUGAAUCUGGCUUCUCAUUCUGUGGAAUUAACUGUAAUAACGAUUGUGAUUCCCACCUGAGAUUCCUGGCUGGAGGCCCAGCAGAAGGAUUCAGUGUAUGCAGAAAAGAUGGCCCAAAGGAUAGUUGAGGGGCAUCUGGCUGGUUCAGUCGGUAGAGCAUGAGACUCUUGAUCUCAGGUUUAUAAGUUUGAACUGCAUGUUGGAUGUAGAGAUUACUUAAAAAUAAAGUCUUUUUAAAAAGAGAACAGUUGGUCCCUCUGUUAUAGCUAUAUUGUCUUCCUUGGAGACCUCAUCUGGUUCUGUGGCUUUAGAUGCCAAGUCUUUGGUAAUGAUGUGUAUACACAGUGUCCAGCAGACAUCUCCAUGUCCACCUUGGAACUCUUAAUUCUUAAUUCCUUCUCUUUCUUUCCUUUUGUUUCCUUCCUUCCUUCCUAUCUUUCUUUCCCUUUCUUCCUUUCUUUUUUUCCUUCCUUCCUUCCUUCUACCUCUAGCACAAGUCCUGUGAGUCUACUUUUAAAAUAUAUUUCAAAUCUGCCUACUUUUCUCCAUUUCCAUUGCCAUGAUCUUGGUCCAAGCCACUUGUUUCUCCCCUAGAGAGCUACCAUAGAGUUCAUAACCAGUUUCCCUAGUCCACAUUUGUUCUCCCACAGUCCAUCCUCUACACAGCACAGAUCUUUUAAAAAUAUAAAUGCUGGGGUUUACUUCAAUACAAUACAUGAAAAGAAUCCAGAGACUUCAAUUACUAUUAAUUAUUAAUUAUUCAAUUAUUAUUAAUAAUGGUUAUUUUAUCAAUUCUGUUUCUAGCCCUGAAUCUGCCCCUAACUUACUAUAGGACCCCUGGUAAAUCAUUUCUUGUAAUAGCUAGCUAUGACUUCUCCCCAGAAUUUCUUCUGGAAAUAGUCAUCUCUUCUUUUGUAGCACUACUACUCCUUCAUCCAAAACAGGUGAUUCUAGUGAAGACUGUCAGUAAAGUGGGCAUGUGAUCAAGCAAGGCCAAUCAGAAUUCUUCCCUAGGAUUUGAAAAGAAGAAAUUGGAGCUAUUUUCUUCCCUUUUGAGUGGGAAAUAUUAUGAAGAUGCGUUCUCUAAAAUUGUGAUGACCUAUCCUAAACCUAUGUAUAGAAUAGGAAAAAACAAGGCCAUCGUGUAGACAGAGGCAGAGGUAUAAGAUGGGAAAGUGUGUCCUGUGGCUUUCUCAGCCCUGAUUCUGGCUUCUUGAGGUUUGGCAGAUCACCUCUUCCUUUGAUUCUCUUAGACACUUCAGUGUUUUCAACAAAGUCCCCAUUUAGUUUUGCGCAUUGGAGUUAGGUUCUUAACACUUAAUAACCAAAAAUACAUUGUCCCCCUUUGCUCCUCAGUUUUCUCCUUAAUACAUCUGUUUAGCUCCAGAGUACAGUAAGUCUAAUUUUUAAACACUGAGUCUUUCAGAAAUAUUCCAUUUCUGUGGACUUUCUGCUGAAGAUUUUUGUAUAAUCUGGAACAAAACUGUUCUUCACCAUUUUCUCUUCAUGAGCCUGAAUAGAGGAGGAAGAGGGAUUUCUCAAGGUGAAAACUAGUUGUCCACAAACACUGAUGAUAGCACAGAAAAAGGUUCCUGUGGUUAGGUUACUAGUCCACAUGCAGACUAGCCUCUCAGGGACCUAGAAGCUAGACAAAACAGCUCACACCUCUGCUGCUUUUUCUCUACAUCUCUUCCUAGGUCUACCAACUCAGUGACACACACCCUCUUGACAGAACACCAUGGACUGCACUGAGUUGUGUGACAUAUUUUUUACCUGCUUCUCCUCUAUCAUUUUGAAGUGGCCAAACAGCAAAUUACCCAAAUAGGAAGUCUCAGGGAGACUUGAAUAAGAGUACUCUUUGUUGGUGCAAAAUCAUGUCAUAGAAAGGCUAAUGUCUGACAAAGUAAAUCAGCAAGUCCCUGAGGGGUGUGAUUAAAAUACCCAGCUCCCUUCAGAUUCUGAUGCAUCUCUUCCCAAGUUUUACCAAUGGGCUGGGAUAGGCAACCUUGAUUAAGCCACUCCCUAUUUCUGGGCUUCAGGAGUUUAUACCAGUUAAUUUCUGCAGGCCCUCUUGGAGCUAAUGCGGUGUGAUUUUAGGCCCAUUUUCUGUCAGAGCUGCAAGUGGCAAACAGGGUUUUGGCAGAAAUAUUUUCAUUAUGAAAGCCUUCUUUCUUCUUGGGUAGGAUGAAAACAGUCAAGGCUGUGUGGACCCCUGCCCUCAUCACCCAGCAAGGCUUGUGGCCUUGAUUUCCCAGGCUUCCAGAAAGCAUCUUAGUAAUUAAGUGCAUCUGAUGGUCCACACUUGCUUGUACUAGGCCAGAGGUUCCUAAAGGUAAAUAGGAGGGGAGAGGAACAAGAAUCUCUGAUGAUGCUUAUUGAGAACAGAUUACAGACAGACAUAUGGAUUUGAGAAGCGAUACCAGGCAUCCAUGUUUAAGAGCCAGAUAUGUAUUCCAAUUCAGGGGAGAAUUAAUUUACUAAGCACUAAACAUGUUCCAGGUUGAGCUGGGUAAGAUCUUUCUUUUUCUUAUUUAUUUAUUUGUUUGUUUGUUUAUUCGACAGAAUGAAAGAGACAGCAUGAGAGGGAACAGAAGCAGGGCAAGUGGGAGAGGGAGAAGCAGGCUUCCCACUGAACAGGGAGCCCAAUAUGGGGCUCAAUCCCAGGAUCCUGGGAUCAUGAUCUGAGCCAAAGGCAGAUGCUUAAUGACUGAGCCACCCAGGUGCCCCUGGGUAAGAUCUUUCUGAGGACAGUUGCUGUCAUACAGCUGGAAGCCUGGAAACUACAGACUGAGAGAUUUGUGCUGAGCUGUCUUCCAGUCCCUCCAAACAUCAAGUUACAGAAUGAGGACUGAGACAGUAGCACGGUGGAGGGGUUAAGAGCAUAAAGUUUGUAGUCCAAGAGAUCCAGAUUUAAUCCUUGGAUCUUCAUUACUAAAUAGUUGUGUGACAUUGAGAUCAUUACUCUUGGAGCCUCAAUUACUUCAUAUAUAUAAAUGGUAUAAUAAUCUGUCUCAAGAGGUUGUUGAGAGGAUUAAAUUUGGGAAUGAGUGUAAAGCCCUUAGUGCAGUGCCGGAUACCCAUGGUAGAUGCGGAACGUAGUGUUGAUGAUUGUACUACACAAGGUCAUUCUAGUUAAGCAGAGUGUCCUGGAGCCUUUGUCAAAAGAUGCCCCACUGACGGGUACCUGGUUGGCUCAGUUGGUAAAGCAUGUGACUCUCGAGCUUGGGGCAUGAGUUUGAGCCCCACAUUGAGGGCAGAGUUUACUUUUUAAAAAAUGCCCCCCAGUGCUGAGAAAACCAGGAUUCCAAAAAACCUGGGUUUGAGUCCUGUGAUAUACUGUGUAACCUUGGACAAACAUAUUUUCAUCUAUAAAAUGAGAUUAAUCAUCUUGCCUACUUUGCAAAAUAGUUGUGAGAGUCAAAAGUGCAUUUUAGAAACUGUGAAGUAUUGUGGACAUAUAAGAUGGAGCAAAUGUGAGGGGCUGGGAGUAGGCAGCAUUCAUCCCAGAAUGAAACUGGGCAUACCCCUCCUGGAGCCAUUUCCAAGGGUCCUGUCCAGCUCUACCAACUUUCCCUCCCCCCACCAUUUUGGCCCCAGGAACCUAACCUCAUGUCACCAUGCCUUAUCCCCAGAAAUUUGGUUGACUAAAGAGAAACUUGCAAAGGCUAAGAUCUGCCAAAGAGAAUCAGUCAGUGCAUGCUGAACAGAGCAGUGAGCUGUGGUUGGGGUUGGGGCCCAGGAGGGGCAGACAGUAGAGACCAUUUAUACUAUGAUUAGUAUAUUAUAAGAAAAAUCAUCAAUUGUGUGUUCGGUACUUUACAGUUCCCAAAGUACUUUCUCAGUGAAGCUUCAGUAGUCUUUGACACAAUCCUGUGAUGUGGGUUUUAUUAUUCCCAGUACUCAGAUAAGGAAAACUGAGGCCUGCAUCAGUGAAGCAACCUGCUCGAGACUGCAUAACAAAGGCAGCAAAUGGCUUAGUUGGUCUCAGAACAGGGUAGGAUCUGCCCCCAAGGAGUGAACAGUCCUGAUCCUGAACCCGGCCUAUUUGAGGGGAUUGAUGGUAGCCAAAGAGAAAACCUAGGCAUCAGUUGUGUGUACAUCUGGCUUUCUCUCUGCUUGUGGGGAAGAAGGAAGAAGAGAAACACACACUCUCCUCACCACCCCUAUACCCUUAAUGCAAUUAAACUUAGAACAGAGGCUUCCCUCAUAUCAUGGGGCCAGAGGAUGAUGGUCUCGGCAGUUACACAGAGAAAUGUCACCUUACUCAAUUUGCACACCACCUUCAACUCCCCAGUUGCUCUUUCUAAUUUAUUCAACCAGGGACUGGGCUGGUCUCAUGCCAGCCUAGGAGAUGUGCCAUAAUAGGAGAGCAGAGUUCCUCAGGAGGAGCAAUUAGCAAAAAUUGGAGUUCUCCCUCUAUGGGAUUAAGCAGAGAAAGGAAUAAUAAUGCUCACAUCUCUCCCCAUAAGAUUCUAGCUAAGCAGAUGUUUUCAGGCUUUUUAACAAUUAUUAUCCCUGUGUCUGUAUACUGAAAGCUAUUCUCAGUGAUAUAUAAAAUGUUAAGUGGUAUUGUGAGUUUCUACAAAUGCAAAGAUACACACACACACGUAUAUACAGUAACAGAAGGGAAGAUCCCAUUUGCAAAUAUCUGCAGUGUCUCCCUGUUCUGUGUUGACAUGUUUUAUUGAUAAAAACUGGCUUGUAUUAAUGUAUCUCCUAUCCUUAUUGUAAUGGCAAUGAUGGUAUGUGCAUUAAAGUUCAUCUGAACUAUACAUCA